AUGUCCGCACGUCGCGUUACAGUAAAUACGCGCGUUUCACGCGCAUCCACGUCCACACCUGUGGGUGGCACAUCGUCGGGUCGCAUGGGUGGCGCGACAAGUCCCACCAGCCCCACGCGCACCACACGCAUGCAGGAGAAGGAGGAACUGCAGCAUUUAAAUGAUCGCCUCGCCUGCUACAUUGAUCGCAUGCGCAAUCUGGAGAACGAGAACGGACGCCUCACACAGGAGCUGCAGAUUGCACAGGAGACAGUCAACCGCGAGACCUCGAACAUCAAGGCGGUCUAUGAAAAGGAACUGUCCGCUGCACGCAAACUGCUCGAUGAGACGGCCAAAGAGAAGGCCAAGCUAGAGAUCGAUAUCAAGCGCUUGUGGGAGGAAAACGAUGAUUUAAAGCAGAGACUUGAUAAAAAGACCAAGGAGGCUACAGUUGCUGAGAAUAAUGCGCGUCUUUAUGAAUCUCGCUUCAAUGAAGUCAACGGCAAAUACAAUCAAGCGCUGAACGAUCGCAAAAAGUUCGAGGAUCAGAACAAGGAUCUGAUGCUUGAGAAUGAACGCCUGCGUCGCCAGCUGGACGAUUUGCGCAAGCAGCUGGAGGCAGAGACGCUGGCACGUGUUGACCUCGAGAACCAGAACCAGAGUCUGCGCGAGGAGCUGGCCUUCAAGGAUCAGGUGCACUCACAGGAGCUCACCGAGACACGUUCGCGUCGCCAGAUCGAAAUCAGCGAGAUCGAUGGACGCCUUGCGCGCCAGUAUGAGGACAAGCUGCAACAGUCGCUGCAGGAGCUGCGCGAUCAGUACGAGGCACAAAUGGCGCGCAAUCGUGAGGAGAUUGAGCUGCUGUACGACAAUGAGAUUGAAAAUCUGAAGCAAGCUGCCGCACGCGCCGCACAGGGCUCGUUGCAUGCCACAGAGGAAGUGCGCAUGAUGCGCACCAAGAUCGAUGGACUGAACAACAAAAUGCGCGACCUGGAGAGCGACAAUGCUAGUCUCAAUGCGCGCAUACGUGAGCUGGAGAAUCUGCUGGACACGGAGCGUCAGCGUCAUAAUCAGUACAUUGCCGCUUUGGAGGCGGAUCUGCAGCGCAUGCGCAAUGAGAUGGCUCAGCAGCUGCAGGAGUACCAGGAUCUGAUGGACAUUAAGGUGUCGCUGGAUCUGGAGCUGGCUGCCUAUGACAAGCUGCUGUGCGGCGAGGAGCGUCGCUUGAACAUUACCUCACCCGGCCGUCCGGGCACAGAUUCGGGCAUUUCCAGCAAUGGCGCCAGCCAUCUGAGCGCCAGCGGUGGCUCCCGCUCGGGCCGCAUUACGCCCAGCGGUCGUCGCUCGGCUACACCCGGCAUUAGCGGCUCCGGCGCUGUCAAGCGUCGUCGCACUGUCAUCGAUGAGAGCGAGGAUCGCACGCUGUCCGAGUACUCGGUCAAUGCCGCCGCCAAGGGCGAUUUGGAGAUUAUGGAAGCCGACACCGAGGGUCGCUUCAUCAAGCUGCACAACAAGGGCAGCGAGGAAAUGAAUCUGACGGGCUGGCAGCUGACACGCAUUGCUGGCGACGAGGAGCUGGCAUUUAAAUUCUCACGCGGCUCCAAGGUGCUGGGCGGCGCAACUGUAACCAUUUGGUCGGUCGAUGCCGGCGCUGCACAUGACCCACCCAACAAUCUGGUGAUGAAGAAGAAGUGGCCGGUGGCCAACUCGAUGCGCUCGGUGCUGGCCAACGCCGACAAAGAGGUGAGAGUACUGUCCAUAUACAACACAUGCGGCACUUGUGACAUCUGCCGCCACUGCAAGCAUCUCGAGUUUGUGCUCGACCAGAUGUUGCCAGCUACGACCGUGUCCGUGCUAACGUUUCCAGCCAUGUCUCGCGGCAUCGCACAAGCGGAGCGCCCGGCACCGGCUUUACCGCCGGUUCCGGAGUAGGCUCCACUGGCGUAAGAAGUCUCUUUUCCAUGCUCUUCUAAACACACCAACAGACACACACACACACACCAACACACACAAACAAACUCAUCAACUGCUUGAGACAUUCACUGCAGACGACAAAUUGUGGCCUCCUUUGAUGCAUAUCAAAACUUAAACUAUUAAUGUAAUACAAUCAAACUAUGUACGUAUGUUUAAUUAUGCCUUAAUUGUUCAAACAAUUCGCUGUAUUUAUAAAUGUUAAAAAUCCACACACACAUACAAACAAGUAAUGCAUUUGGUUUAAAAUAAAAUGAAUGAUGUACGAGUACAAAA